AAACUAUUCACUCCACCAUUAUCACAAAAUCAAUUCUCUAGAGAAAGUGACAACUAGACAGAUCGAGAAGGCGCCAUGGGAGUAGCUCAAAUGUGGUUCCAUUUCAUGAGCAUCCUCUUCUUCAUCUCCAUUUCUUCUAUUGCUGCUGAAGAUUGUGUGUACACAGCUUACAUUCGCACUGGCUCAAUCAUAAAAGCUGGUACCGAUUCAAACAUUUCGUUGACUCUCUACGAUGCCGAUGGUUAUGGACUUAGAAUAAAAAACAUAGAGGCCUGGGGUGGACUUAUGGGUCCUGGUUACAACUACUUCGAAAGGGGAAACUUGGAUAUCUUCAGUGGGAAAGGUCCGUGUUUGAAUGGGCCGAUCUGUAAAAUGAACUUGACUUCAGAUGGUUCAGGCCCACACCAUGGAUGGUACUGUAAGUACGUGGAAGUCACCGUUACCGGAGCUCACAAACAAUGCAACCAGCAGUUGUUCACCGUGGAUCAGUGGCUCGGCACUGAUGUUUCGCCGUAUAAGCUGACGGCCAUCAGGAACAACUGUAAGAAGAAGUCCAAAUCCGCUGAGCAAAAGCCCCUUUAUGAUUCUGAUGAAUCAUAUUCUAUAGUUGAUGUAAUUUAAUUGGGUCCAGAAUAUCUGUUUGUUUUUCUUUUUUCUCUUUGUGAGUGAGAAAAAAUACGCGUGGAUUUGGUAUGAUUUGUGAUGAUUAAGGCCUGUGUUUGCUGUCAUGGACAUUUUGAAUAACUCAAUAAAGAAUCUGUCCUCUUUCUUUGU